AAGUAAUUUUGGAAGAUGUUAUACAUAUUUAGGAUUGCCUUCCUAAUUUUUGUUGUACUUGCACAGACUGACACAACUCCAUUUCAUGAGACGGCUUCCAGACAAGGUGAAGCCAAUGCAGAUCAAGCAGAUGAACAACUUAACAAUGAGGCAAGUAUAAUUUUGAAAACUGUUGGUAUUUAUAAAAUUAUGAAUUUGGUACGUGUUCAUAAUCCCAUUCCUGACUUCAGGAUACACGAGAGCCUAUGAAUGAGAUCACGAAAGAGACACCUGGUUCUCCAAUAGCUCAACAGAAUAUUGAGACUCCAGUCCUUACUCCAAUUCAGACGCAGCAGGAGACUCACGAGCUUAUGAAUGAGAUCAUUUCACCAAACAUUUCCGACACACAGCCAAAUACCCGAGCUCGCAGAAAUCUUUUAACAGAGCAAAAUAAGGUAUUACUUUCAUUAAAACCUUUAAUAAAUAUACAGCAACUAUCAAAAUGACUGGAUAUCCUUGAAUCUAAACCAUCACAGGAUGUAGAAAACAGAGUUCAAAAUCCCUUUGAGAUCGGAGCAAAUGUGGAGAUUUCAUCACAAGAUGACAAUACUUGUCAUAAAUGGUAUCCAGGAAAUGUGUUGGCAACAUAUUUGGUUGAUGGGGUUGAGAUGGUGAAAGUUGAGUACUCCGUCCCGUCUCUGGACGAAAAGAAGAGGAAAAGGAGUGUUGAGACACGUGUAUCAAUUGACAGAAUACGUCCUCAACCACCACCUGAGAGAACUGGAGCGAAGAAAAGUUAUGAGCUAAUGCAGGACGUGGAGGCGUUCGACGAUGGUGCCUGGUGCGCUGGAAAAGUUAAAGUCAUUUUGUUUGAUGGCUCGUGUUUUGUCGCUUUGAACAAUUCUAAACAAGAAAUUUACUUCCACCAUUCUGAGAUUCGAAAACCAAGAAAAUGGGUAGAUGGUGUUUGGGAGAUGACAAAAAAGAAGGAAGAAGAGCAGACGCAGAGUGUGAAUCCAAGUGAAGGAGAUGGUGAUAAAAAGGGGAAGGGGAAGGCUGUCGCUUGUAAGAAAAAUGAAGCAGCUGGUCCAUCAGAAGAUGUUGUUGGGAAAAUGGCAAAAGAGAUGGAAGUAAAGCAGGGUAAGAGUGUGAAACCAAGUCAAGACGAUCAUGCAAAAAAGGGGAAGCCACAUGUUGGUAAGAAGAAGAAAGCAAAUGCUCAGCCAGUAGAUUUGCUUCCUUUUCUACAGCGAGAAGAGAAGAGGCCAAUACGACCUAGAAACCCUCCUAUACCUGUAACACCUGAGGUAAUCCUUCCAAUUGAUCCAUUUGUGACACCUGAAUUUCCUCGGUUUUCAAGGCUUGCACACUGGAUGGAUCUACGGGGCAUAUAUCGUGUGUAAGCAACUUUUUGUCCUCGCAUAAAUAUUCCUAAUUUAUUUUGUAAAAGUUUCGAUUGAUACUAGUUAAUUAUAUCAACUACAGACCGUUUUAUAUCAAUGGAAAAGAAAUUGAAAAAGAGUUCUUUCAAAAAAUGGACGAUGCAGAAAAAAAUCUCAACAAAGAGGUAAUCAACACUCUGUUUCUGUCUUUCUAUUUGAUUGUUUCAUAUGUUUAGGAAGAGAUUGAGUUGAGCUAUGCUAGAUGUCCAUGUUAUAGCAGUUCUAUAUGAAGUUUCUAACUAUAUUGUUACAUUGGCAGCACAUAAAUGUUGCAUUUGAAAUGCUAAAUUGUAAGAGGGUUGAGCAAGGUGCUUGGUUCCGCAACAACAAUCUUCCAGCAGCAUGCUUUGUACCAGUCGAUUUCUUAGAAGUGGUUGGGUACGCUUAUGAAUCUGUCAAGAAGCCACAUAAGAAGUUAUUGGAGGGCUGUGUAGGCGAACUUGUGAAAGGUUUAAUACAUCCAAAGAAGGUAUGGCUGGAAGAUGUUGAUGUUAUAUAUGGUGUCAUUGAAGAUAAGUUGAGCUAUCACUAUAUUGGGGUGGAGAUACAAUUGAUGGACAACACAAUCACACUCUUCCAUUGUGGUCUUCCAAAAGCAAAUAUCAAACGUGCUCUUAAUAAAAUCCAAGAACUGGCAGGUAAAAAUAUUAAUUUUAUCAUUCAGUGUAGAAAAAUCAGUUUAAUUUAUAUUGUUACAUUGAUAAUGGAUAGGAUUGUGAAAGUAUGCGUAUCCUGAAAAAAGAAUUUUAGCUAAUUUAGAAAAUAAAAGUUUGUCACUUGCUGCUUGUGCUUGUGAUGCAUUUUUACAUAUUCAUUUUGUUGUCUGUUGGUGAUUGAUUUAUUGUAUCAUUUUGGGUAUUUAUGACAGUUUUGAUUAGUGCCAUAAAGAUGGAACUUCUUGGUGAAGAGGUUAAUUUCGAAGAUAUCAGUCCAUUUGAAGUUAAGUUUGUAGAAGGGCUUCCAAAGACAAAAUUUCCAUACAACUGUGGUAUUUUUGUUGUGAAGAUGCUGGAAUGCAGGUCACUGGGAUUGAAGAGCAUGGCUAAUAUAAAUGAUGAAACUGCGAUGGACUUACGAAGCAAGCUAUGUUGUGAGAUCUUCGACCAGUUUAUGGAUAAAGAUUUCCAGGAAGGUCAAAGGAAGUGAAAAUGUUCUGUUUUCUGUUUCUGUCAUAUUUGUUCUGUUUUCUACUCUGUUUUUCUACUUUGAUAUUAAUUAUCCCUAACGUUUAAGUUUGAGUUUGUAAUGAAUUAUCCCUAACGUUUUUUUCAUUUAGAUUGUUAUUGAAAAUUUUUUAGGAUGUAUUGAUGAAUUGUCAAAUGCUUAUGGUACUUUUAGGAUGGGUUUCCAGAAAAAGAGUGAGAAAGCAAAAUGCACCAAAGCCUAGCAUAUUCCUUUAAAGUUUACAAAAAAAAUGAAAAAGUAAGUGAUCCGAUGUUGAUUGAACUCGUGAACUCUCGAAAGAUGAAUCAAAGUGUGCAGCCGCUGUGCCAAGGGUGUUAUACUUGCCAAAAGAUAUAAUAAAACGAGAAUAACUUUUGAAUAUUUAAGUAAAAACAGAAAAAAAUGUGAGUAUACACAACGGGGAUCGAACACGGCUUAUUGUGUGAUAAGGGUACACUAAGAGUAGAAGGGCUUGCCACUAGGCUAUGGUGGAUAUUCGAUAUUAGAGUAAAUGUGAACUUAUUUAUUCACAGACGAUAGAUUUAUAUGAUCUGGAUAUCAUUUUAGGUAUUCAGGAUAGCUUUCCAAAAACAAAUUCCUUUAAAGUUUACCAAAAAAAAAAUGAAAAAGAAUGUGAUCUGAUGUUGAUUGAACUCGUGAACUCUCGAUAGAUUAAUCCAAGUGUGCAGCCGCUGUGCCAAGGGUGUUAUACUUACCAAAAGAUAUAAUAAAACGAGAAUAACUUUUGAAUAUUUAAGUAAAAACAGAAAAAAAUGUGAGUAUACACAACGGGGAUCGAACACGGCUUAUUGUGUGAUAAGGGUACACUAAGAGUAGAAGGGCUUGCCACUAGGCUAUGGUGGAUAUUCGAUAUUAGAGUAAAUGUGAACUUAUUUAUUCACAGACGAUAGAUUUAUAUGAUCUGGAUAUCAUUUUAGG